AAGAAAGAGAGAGAGAAUAAUAGAUUUGAUUGAAUUCUCCACCAACUUGGUUCUUCUGGUAAGCUCUUAGUAAGCAAACAGUCACUCACUUUCUCUCUCAACGGAUUAUCCGAAGUUUUCCAUCAACAUUCCACUUCAAAUAAAGUUUCGCCUUCCAAACAGCCCCAAAAACUGGCUCAUCCUUUCUCUCUCUCGGUCUCUUGGUUUCCUCUCUCUCUCCACUCCGCCUUUGAAUUCGGUGAUUCAAAAUGCAGGCGUCAACUCCUUUAAUCGAAGGAAAUUUAGGAUUUGAUCUUUCAAAACGGAGAGAAUUACCUUGUUGUGGUGAAGUUAGGGAACGGAAUUUAACUUUGAAUCGUAAUCUUUGCAUUGGAAGUGGUUCCAUUUGCAGUGGUUUACGCUCUGGUGCCGUUUCAAUGGGAGCUGAGCUCGCACGUGCCAGAAAUGGCACCGAAACUGUGGUUCGCUCUUCGGUCAAAUCUCGAUCGGUCAAAGCUCAAGCUUCUGCUGCAGGUGGAGACGUUGAGGACUUGACACCAAUCAACCCUCAGGGGAAAUCGUCUGGGAUUGUUCUGCCAUUUGUUGGUGUUGCUUGCUUGGGAGCUAUAUUAUUUGGUUACCAUCUAGGGGUGGUAAAUGGCGCUCUUGAGUAUCUAUCUAAGGAUCUGGGGAUUGCUGAAAAUACUGUCUUGCAAGGAUGGGUUGUCAGCACACUCCUUGCUGGUGCCACUGUUGGUUCAUUUACCGGGGGAGCACUGGCAGACAAGUUUGGCAGGACAAGGACUUUUCAAUUAGAUGCUAUUCCACUUAUCAUUGGAGCAGUUCUUUCUUCAACAGCCCAGACUAUCCAGACUAUGAUAAUCGGUCGCUUACUGGCUGGUAUAGGUAUCGGUAUAUCAUCUGCUAUUGUGCCACUUUACAUAUCUGAGAUCUCGCCAACCGAAAUCCGUGGUGCACUUGGAUCUGUAAACCAACUUUUUAUAUGUAUUGGAAUUCUUGCAGCGUUGGUGGCUGGAUUACCUUUAGCAGGGAACCCACAAUGGUGGAGGACAAUGUUCGGUAUUGCUGCUGUUCCUUCUAUUUUAUUGGCAUUAGGAAUGGCUUUUUCACCAGAAAGCCCUCGGUGGCUGUUUCAGCAAGGGAAGAUUCCUGAAGCUGAAAAAUCUAUAAGAACACUGUAUGGAAAAGAAAGAGUCGCUGAGGUUAUGUAUGAGUUAAGAACUGCAGGUCAGGGUUCUACAGAACAAGAAGCCAGAUGGUUUGAUCUAUUUAGCAGCCGCUACUGGAAAGUUGUGAGUGUUGGUGCUGCACUUUUCUUAUUCCAACAGUUAGCUGGGAUAAAUGCUGUGGUAUAUUAUUCUACAGCCGUGUUUCGUAGCGCUGGAAUUGCAUCUGAUGUUGCAGCAAGUGCUCUUGUUGGGGCAUCAAAUGUCUUUGGCACAGCUAUUGCAUCCUCUCUGAUGGAUAGACAAGGAAGGAAAAGUCUUCUAAUCACAAGCUUUGCCGGAAUGGCUGCUUCAAUGUUGGUGCUUUCUUUGUCAUUCACUUGGAAGGUCCUGGCUCCCUAUUCUGGCACACUAGCCGUUGUUGGGACUGUUCUCUAUGUAUUAUCCUUUUCACUUGGCGCCGGUCCUGUGCCUGCUCUUCUUCUGCCAGAGAUAUUUGCUUCCAGAAUCAGAGCAAAAGCAGUGGCUUUAUCACUUGGUAUGCAUUGGAUCUCCAACUUUGUCAUCGGCCUGUAUUUCUUGAGUGUUGUAAACAAAUUUGGGAUCAGCUCAGUGUAUUUGGGAUUCGCCGGGGUCUGUCUUCUUGCUGUCUUAUACAUAGCUGGUAAUGUGGUGGAAACAAAGGGGCGAUCAUUGGAAGAAAUAGAGCUUGCUCUUAACCCGGUGACUUGAUUUGUACAAAUCUCAAAGGCAUCCCGAAAUAGUCUCUGUAUCUUAUUUAUGUCCAUCUGAUGAUGCGUGGUCACAUGGAGCAUUCCAUUAUUAGGCUAAGACUAUUUUGCAUCUUUUGGUUAAGCCUAGAGCAUUUAGUGGAAGUGGAGUGUCCAUGUCUGUAUAAAAUCCAGAAUUGUAGCACUUUGUAGAAACUGAACGAGAUUUUCCAACGGGAUUUUUGUUAGUUUGAUCUCUCA